AAAGAUGGCGGAACUACGGAAGACCGGAAAUGUUUCUUUCAGUAUAAAAUCGGUGGUUCGCAACAAUCGACCGAUGACAGUUAAGUCUGUGUAAGUCGGUCUUGACAGUGGUGUUUCUGCGGGUGCUGGACGAGGUGGAUAGCAGCCGGAUAGAAAUCUAUAAAGAUGGCCUCAGCAACAGCAACCUAUGGGCAGAAAGAGUCUUCGGACCAAAACUUUGACUAUAUGUUCAAGAUCCUAAUCAUUGGCAACAGCAGUGUGGGCAAAACGUCCUUCUUGUUCCGCUACGCCGACGACUCCUUCACACCAGCCUUCGUCAGUACGGUGGGCAUUGACUUCAAGGUGAAGACCAUCUACAGGAAUGACAAGAGGAUCAAAUUACAGAUCUGGGACACGGCGGGUCAGGAACGUUACCGCACCAUCACCACCGCCUACUACCGAGGAGCCAUGGGCUUCAUCCUCAUGUAUGACAUCACCAACGAGGAGUCGUUCAACGCUGUCCAGGACUGGUCGACUCAGAUCAAAACGUACUCGUGGGACAACGCCCAGGUGCUGCUGGUAGGAAACAAGUGUGACAUGGAUGACGAGCGAGUGGUGAGCGGAGACAGAGGCCGGCAGCUGUCUGAGCACCUCGGUUUUGAGUUCUUCGAGGCCAGCGCCAAGGACAACAUCAACGUGAAGCAGACCUUCGAGCGCCUGGUCGACAUCAUCUGUGAAAAGAUGUCUGAGAGCCUGGACGCCGGAGAUCCUGCUGUCACGGGGGCCAAACAGGGGCCCCAGCUGACAGAGCAGCCUGCUCCUCCUCACCAGGACUGUGCAUGUUAAAGCUGACUACGGCCCCCGAAACCUUUUUCCUCCGUCCUCCCUCCUCCGCCUCCCCCCUCCUCUCUCCUCCUCCUCUAGCUGGACCCCAGGGCCUCGGGUCCAUACUCCAUCACCCUUCUCACUCACUUUCCUGCUUCUUUCUGUAACCUAGUAAGGAUCGCUAGCUGCGGGUCUCAAGAACCAGGCUGAAAAGUGUCUGAAAUCCUCCGAGGUGUUCGUGGAACGGUGCUCGAGGUGUUUGCUUCUGGUUCCUCCUCAUAAAGGAGCUAAAUGGUGUCAGUUUUUGUGAUCAGUGCGGGUGUUGGUCUGAUGCCAAAGCAAGUUCAGUCAAACUGGAGUGUUUCAGACUCUUUGCAGCGCUGGUUCUUGAUGGUUCCCUACCCUUCUUCAGUUGUCUCCCUGUUCCUUGGUGUGGUUUUAAAAGAAGGAUUUGACGGCGUCCGACCUCAGAGUGCCAUUUAAAUCCUUCCGAUGUUUACAGUACUUUGUUUAAAUGUCUUGAAAAGAUGUCAGCCUCGGAUUUAGUGAAGGCCACAGUGGAGUGAAUGAGGGAGGGCUGAUCCAGCUGAAAUCUGCUCCGUACCGAUGUGUUACAUUUGAUUCUACACAGAAUCGUUCUGUGUUUCAGUUGUCUCGCCUGGUAUCCACACAUGGAUGUUUCAGGUAUUAGCAGGUGUUUUGUUGUCAUUAUUCAUCCGAGCCUUUUUCGUUUGGCCUUUUUUAUGUUUUUACAUUUCUUUUAUUUUGUAUUCUGGUGCCCCAUUUAUUCUUUUCAUGCAUUAAAACACCAGGUGGGAGAAAAAUAUGAACAAGAUAGAUCUAGGCUAAAAAAAACAUAGCAAAAAAUAAAGAGACACAUUUUAUUUAAUUAUAUUUAUUUCAAAUGUACAUAUAAAUGUUGUGCAAUAUAUAUAUAUAUAUAAUAUCUACAGGUAUGCAUUUCUGGAAAUGACUUUUAAAAGGAAUGAAGUUCUAUGAGGAUAGUAUCAAAUAUAGGAGAUCUGUGGUGUGAGGUUUGUUUGGAUGACGUGUGGCAGCUCCUCCGUGAGUUGUUUCUUUUCCCGCUCGGUUUGGUCUCAUGCUGCUUCAAACGUAGUUUGCGGAGAAAUAUAUUCAGUGGAGGCAUUUGAAUCUGAAGUACAAGUUGGAAAAUUCCCAACAUGUUUAUCAUCCUCCCAGUCCACUCAGUGUGACUUCCAGCACUGUUACCGAUAAAGGGAUAUCCUCUGAGCGGCAUCGUAUGUGUUGUUUGAAGCCAGACAGUGACUGUAGUGAUAUGAGUCCCUCUAAAAGCUUAUGGUGGCAAGUGUGUUGAUGCUUUUGCCUCAAGAUGUUAUUGUCCCUGCUGUCACAGAGACAGUGUAAAAAUGUAAAGGACAUCCGAAAAAAAUGUUUUGGGCACCACAGCUGUGCAGUUGUGCUCGCUGCCAACGCUGCAUAAUGACAUCACCAUCGCAGUCUUUUAAAAAUCCUGCUGCUGUCUGACAGCUGACAGACAUGGACGCGGCAAACAUUUAGUCAGCUCAUCACAGCUACUUUAUCAAAUAUCAAACAGUAAUCAUUCAGAACAAUUCGACACUCUCUAACACAUGAUUGAACGGGUUUGGAGGAUGCAAGCAAUGUUGUUUUGUCUCUAUAAUCUUUAUGGUAUUUUGCCUUUACCGGAUUGUUUGAGAGGAAACAUUUAGAGAGAAUAGUAUGAAAUCUGACACACAGUAUAUGUUACAUGGCAGAAAUCUUCGCUUGGUCAUCACAUCACUGAAACUACUGGUAGUCUCUUAUUGAGUCCCCACAAUCAAGUUUGAUUGACAAGAAUACACAGUGUGCUGCCCUACAAAGCCUAACCACAGUUACUACGCUAUGAUACUGAGGAAAGGGCUUCAAUUGUUCUUUUUGUUGGAGCAGUGGUUAUGUUUGUGUUAAGUAUGUGUUAUUCAGGUAAUGUUCUUGUCUUAAAAUCAUGAUCAAUUAUUUGACCUGUGACCCUAAAAAUGCAGACACAGCACUCUGUCUUUGACCUGAAAAAAAUACAUAGAUUGUAUAACGACAAACUGCAGUUACUACAAUCGUCUUCUUAUCUUCUUCCUGAGAACAUCUUCUUUCUUAAUACAUUGAAUCUGUUUUUAAUGUUUGCAUGAUUAAAAAGUUGAAAUUGACAAGUUUCUGAGAAACAUUCAAGUGAUCCUCGAGCGAUAUUUUGUGACGUGUAACCCCAGAAAACUCAAGGCAGAGGGCAGUUCCUACACUCCCUGUGGUCUGCCAUGGUUUUUGAUUGGAUUUUGUUUUUACUGCCAUUUUUAUGUCCCUUUUUCUUCAAGAUAGAGCAGGAGUUCCUGCACUGUGGCUUUGUAGGAUCAGCAGAAUUCACGACACAGAAAUAAAACACACAUUUCUUUAACAGUAGCUGUGUCACACAGCUUUAAAACAGCUGGUCAGGUGUUUUUUUUUAAAGUAGAUCGCACUGAAACAGACUGUAUCUAGGAUCAGACGUGUGAUGUGUUUGCAGCUCACACCAGUUUAAACGCAUUACUUUGAAACAUGUUGUAGAGACAGGACUACAUAAUCAUUGUUGUGCUCAGCGAUUUAAUGUUUCCUCGCCCACAGUGAGACCUCUUCUGAAUCAGUAUUACAGAGUCUGCUUGUCUUUUUGUGUGUAAUGUUCUCCACAGUGCUCACCGUUCAGGUGAGGUGCGGACGGCACUGUUUAAAGUCAAACAAGCAUCAAACAGCUGGAGGCUGUUCAAGAGCACGGUUGCUGCUGAGUUCUUUGAGUCCACGCGGGAAUUAAAUGUUCUGUUCUGAGGUUUUAUUGGCUCCAGGAGUGCUGUGUAACCUCACAACGUAUCUGCUAACAGCUGCUUCGAGUCUGCAUAGCAUCACCCCCCUCUGGGGUUGCCGGUAAUUCCUUUGUUUCGCUUCAUCAAAGAUUGCCAGAGGAGCAGCUCUGCUUUCACUUCCAGAAUAAACAGUGUGUUAGAACAGGUGUUGCGUGUCGGACUGAAGUGAAGUCUGGCCAAAUUACAAAUACAUUUGUGUCACUUUUUAUUUCAGGACUGCUGUUUUUUUCAGUUAGAACAUACACAUAGAUGAUGACUGAUAAGGCAAAGCACCAUAAAAAUCAUUGCAACAAUCAAACCUUUCACCGUUUGAGUCAGACCUCAACCAGAAAAGCAUUUAUUCUAACCGUCAAGAAGUGUAGCAGUCAAACAAUCAAUCCCGGAUGAGCCGCUGACUAUUGGAGCUUGAGAAAAAUGCGGCCCGGGUCACAGUGUGGCGACCUCAUCAGAGAGGAAGUGACGAUCACAACAAACCUCUGUUUUUGAUCCUGCGUAUAUUUUACUUCUUACUGGUUGUGACUGUUUCUUUUCCGGUAAAAAAUCCAAACUUUUAAAACUGUUCUCCUUUCUAAUAUGUCUUCCUCUCUAUAUAAACCAGAUCUGUAAAUACUGUACCUUUUGAGUCAUAUGUGUGGAUUGUGUUGUAUCGACUCAGGCUUGCAACAAAAAAAGAAAGAAAAAAAAACAAAACAAGGGGGAAAAAAGAGGAGAAGAAGUCAACACUAACAGUAAAAACCUGAAAAUCCCCAAAAGAGCCAUGUUGUACUGUAUCUGCAUUCAUUUCUAGGCCUGCUCGUGAAUGAAUGUGUCACUCUGUUACAAAGCAAUACACACUACAGCAUCUACACGAAAAACAAAACGCCAUCAAGCUUGGUAGAGGUUGCCGACUUUAGAUCUUCUACUAGCACGCAGAAACGUGUACUUUAUUUGGUCUCGUAUCACUGCCUCUUCAAAUCCUCCUCCGUUCGGGCCAUUAAGACGAGAGAAUAUGCUGUGGAUGUUUUUAUCUGUACUUUGUGGUAAAACAAUAAAAAGUUACUAACAA